AUGGCGGAUAUCAGCGCAGAUUUGACGUCGGAACUGACAAGGAUCAUCGAGUGUCCAUACCCCCCUUCGCUAUCCGUACGUCAUGCGCCAGAAUUUCGAGAUGAGCUACUGGUCCUAGAACCGUCCUUACUCCCUUCUCUGUUGAAGAGGGCAAAUUCAUCAAAGUCCGAAUUCGAACAUCUUGCCGAGCUAUGCGUGCUUCUUCUCUCUCGCCCACUGCCCGAGGCAAUACCAUUACCCGCCGUAGCACAAAACUUCUUUCUUAAUGUCUUCGAAAACGCCACACAGCAACCAAACUACGAGACCCUGAAGUCAGUGUACCAAGGUAUAGUGCUCAUCACGGAACAUCCCGAGGGGGUCGACGGACUGCAAAAUCCGCCUGGUGACGAGGAGCCGACAUCCACCGAAAGGCUAAGACAACAUUGGGCAACACCUUCAGGCCAAAAGCUGUUCGGCUCGACAAGCUACUUAUACAAGACUAUUGAGCUCACUUGUUUGAACGUAGUGUGGAUUCUUCGAGGCGGAAUCAAGGAAAAUGAAGCAAUCGAAGGCCUACGUAUUGCCUCGAGGGCUAUGCAAUUCAUCGGCCAAGACGUGAAGGACAAUUGGCCUCAAGUUCAGAAGAAGUAUGCCAUGCUGUACGAAAAGUGUGCAUCCAAAAUCCAAAACUCCAGUGCGAGUCUAUCCGUCCAAUUAGAGGCCCUGUCAUUCUUUGGCAUACUUUCAGGUUCUCAGAGCUUGCCGCAAGGUAUCGUCAUACGCUACGAGGCAUGCAUAUUGGAAGCCCCUCGCGUGGCAGAGCCUGAAGGCUUUGCCGAGCUUCUUGCAGUCUCACUGCCGAUCUACGCACCUGACUCCCGCGAAACUUCCAACUCCAUCGACACUAUCGAUGAGCUGGCCACAGCCGCGAUGGCGACUGCUGCUUUACGAACCACUGUGCUGCGCGCACUGUCAUCGAGGGCCUUGCAAGAGAAAAUCCAGAACCUCAUUCGUGCUGGUAUGACGAAAGAAGGCCCCGGCUGCUGCACACAUGCUGCAUUAUUCCGUCGGCAAUUGAUCGCUGCCACAAUUGCUUCAUUACUUACCAUUGUUCUUAUGGCGCAACCGGGAGAGUCGACGAUACCGCAUACCCUCGUGGCUGCGCUUAUCAAGAAACAGCGAGACCUUCCCCCCACGCUAGAUACUUGCUCACACUCGUCGAAAAGCCCCACUCAGCCUUCAAUCUCCCUCUUCCAAGAAGCGAGCACGCAGUACACGGGCCAACAUCUCCAGGAUUGGCGCAAACGCCUCGAAUUGGAGCUACAAAGCCAGAACAAACAUCAGCGAGAUGCUGUUGUGCGCUCUAUGGCACAAAUAUGCAGUGAUCUCGAGACACGCUGCAAUACAGUCGAAGAGCCGCUACGUGUGGAGACAGAGAAGUCCGCCAAACUCCAGGAACAAGUCGCUCAUCUAAACGAGAAGAUCGCCCAUCUCAACGAGCAAAACGAUUUUCUACACAAGGAUAGAGAAGAAUCUGUGGAAUACGUCGAGGGGUUGGAGAAGGAAUUGCAGGAUUCCAUAGACGAGCAAAAGCGUCUGGAGCAAGAGAAGUCUGACUUGUUGGAAGAAAAGGGCCGGAUGUACUCCAAGAUACAGGAAGUGGAGACCUCUCUGGAGGUGUCAGAGCGGAACGCGACCGAGACUCUCAAGGCCGCUCACGAAAGUUCUAGCGUAAAGGAGCAUGAACUCUGCUCGACGAUACGCCAGUACGAGGAGGACAAGCGCGUCCGCGAUGAACAGGUUGAGGAGCUGCAUGGUACCAUUAGCCAGCUGCAAGCAUCUCAAAUGCAGCACGAGACCGACUAUCGCAGCCUCACCGCACAGUUUGAGGAGCAGCAGAAACGCAGCCGUGAAGCAGAGGACACGCUUGAACGGGAGCGAGCGAAUACAGCCCGUCAAGCCGAAAAGAUCGCACAACUCGAGACGCAAGCGUCAGAAUACCAGCAAGAUCUGGAAGGUAAGGAAGCGGAACUAGAGGAUGCCAUUCGACAGCUUCAUAGUGCGCGGACUAGUUACCAGGAGUUCAAGGAAUCAUCGGCUGAAACGAUGAGAGAGCUUGCGGUGAAGCACGCCAACGAUCUGGAGGCUAUCACCAUGAAGGCUGAAGAGCGAUACGAGACGCUCGAAGCGCGGCUGCUAGAUGCCCAGCGCAACGCUCAAGAGGAACGACAUGAUCACGGAAAGACGCGUAACAAUCUUCAGCAUCUUCAAGCAUCAGUACCACCACUCGAAGCGAGGAUUCAAGAGCUCGAGGAGUUUUGCAGAGAGCAAGAAGAAGAACUUGAAGAAUUCAGGACGGCUCGCAAAAUGAUGGCGAUGCAUCUGUUGCCUGCUAAGCCAGCCUCACGAACUUACAAGGAGAUUGCUCAGCCCCAAACGACAAGAGAGCCGCGAACUCACCGACGACGUAAGUCAGCCAUCAACACCCAAGAGGAUGUUUCAGUCGCCACGGUGAAUACCCAAGUAUUACCUAGCAGAGCUCUAGGAAACUUUACAAAUGCGUCCUUCGCCUCAUCAGCCGAUUCGAAUUCGUCCCAGGGUAACCCAAAGCGUGCCAAACCAAGGCCAGCUUUCAAGGUGCCAACGAUGCAAACGCCAAAUAACCAGAAGCCCAGCAUCGCAUCCAAGUCACUCUCACACUCACAUCAGCUGUCGCCGACCAAGCGUUCAGCUCUGAGACCAGUCUCGCCGAACCGCCGCCACACGACUGUCGGGUUCACAUUGCCCGGCGGCGAGGAAGAAGACGCCGCGACCGAGAUUGAGUCAGUGAGGAAACGUAGAGGCAGCCUUCAGGACAUCGAGCAAGUCGAUUUUGACAUCGACGAUGAUUUCACGACCGGCACACCACUUACCCCGGGCUUUAUGUCUGGCACUGGCCGGAUUCCGGACGAAGGCGACGAGACUAUGACUGAGUUGUGA